AUGCCGUCCAAAAAGUUGAUGUACAAUUGGUACAUCUCCAUAGUGGCAGCCAUGUGCAUGGUGCUCUAUGGUUAUGAUGCCUCCACCUUCAACUCGGUCCAGGGCUCGCCCAACUGGCUGGCCUGGCUCGGCCUGAGAAAGGAAGAUGACGAAUACCUGCUUGGGUUGAUCAACACGGUGUACGCCAUUGGUGCGAUCGUGUCUGGCUGGUUCAUCGGAGGUCCAGUUGCCGACUUUCUCGGGCGUCGUUGGGGCAUGGGAAUCGGGUGUUUCCUCACCAUCGUCGCCACCAUGAUCCAGACCUUCACGCCCAAGGGCAGCCUCGGCUGCUUCAUGGCAGGUCGUGUCAUCAUUGGUAUGGGGCAGGGAAUGGCCCUGACUGCCGGCCCCGUCUACAUCAAUGAGGUGGCGCCCCCCGAGAUCCGAGGCUACAUCAUGGCCUUCUGGCAGACCUUCUACUCGGUCGGGUCCUUCAUCGCCUACUGGAUCAACUACGCCUGCUCGCUGCACCGCGCCAAGCUCGGCGAGUGGGACUGGAAGAUGGUCGUCAUCUUCCAGGCGCUCGUGCCGACCAUCAUCAUCUGCCUGCUGCCCUUCCAGCCCGAGUCGCCGCGCUGGCACAUCAAGAAGUCGGGCAACAUCGAGGCGGCGCGGGCGGCGCUGGCCAAGAUCCGCGACACGGACGCGCAGGUCGAGGAGGAGCUGAUGGUGAUCCGCGAGGCGAUCGAGUACGAGAAGGAGGCCAUCUCGUCGGGCUACGGCGCGCUGUUCAAGGACCCGUCGGUCCGCAAGCGCAUCUACCUCGCGUGCGUGCUCAACGUCGGGCAGCAGCUGACGGGCCAGGGCACGCUCAACUCGUACUCGACGGCCAUCUACAAGAAGGUGUGGAAGUCGGACGCCAAGAUCAACCUCAUCAACGCGCUCAAUUCGACCUUUGGCAUCCUCUUCACCCUCAACGCCGUGUGGACCGUCGACCGCUUCGGCCGCCGCUGGCUGCUCAUCGUCGGCGCGCUGGGCAUGGCCGUGUGCACGAUGCUGGUGUCGGUCGUGGGGCUCACCACGCCGGGCACGGACUCCAAGUCGGAGCCCGUGGGCAUCAGCAUCGUGUUCCUGCUCUUCCUCUUCAUCUUCUUCUACAAGCCGUCGUGGGGCGCGACGGUGUGGAUCUGGACGUCCGAGAUCUUCUCGAUGAACGUGCGCGCGCAGGCGGUGGGCAUGUGCUCGCAGAUGCAGAACGUCGCGCAGGCCGUCUUCAACCAGUUCUUCCCCUUGUUCCUCAAGCGGGAGGGGCUCAAGUGCAUGUUCUUCUUCAUGGCCAUCAACAUCGUCCUCGCGGCGUUCGUGUGGUUCCUCGUCCCCGAGACCAAGCAGGUGCCCCUCGAGGAGAUCGACGUCCUCUUUGGCGGCGCCAACCACGUCGACAAGGGCGCCCAGAUGCUCGGCGUCCCCGAGGGCGAGAGCGGCGCCCACCACGUUGCCGAGAAGGACGGGCGGGCCACCGUGCAGGAGGAGGAGGCUGCGGGGCAGCACAUCUCGCGCGCUUAG